GGCAAAUUACGGAAGGGUCAGGAAAUAGCUGUAAAAAGACUCUCAGAAACCUCAAAUCAAGGCCCUGAAGAGUUCAAGAAUGAGAUCACGCUUACAGCAAGACUACAACAUGUGAAUUUAGUUAGACUUCUGGGUUACUGCACAAAAAGGGAUGAGAAGAUUCUGAUCUAUGAAUACCUGCCAAACAAAAGCUUAGAUCAUUUCCUCUUUGAUCCAACCAAAUCAAUUCGUUUAGACUGGAACAAGCGUGUCAAUAUCAUUGAAGGCGUUACUCAAGGCCUUCUUUAUCUCCAAGAGUACUCAAAUUUUACUAUAAUUCACCGAGAUCUUAAAGCUAGUAAUGUUUUGCUAGAUGACAAUAUGAAUCCGAAGAUAUCCGAUUUUGGUAUGGCUAGAAUUUUCAGAAAAUAUGACCUUGAAGCAAACACAGAAAGGAUAGUUGGAACAUAUGGGUAUGUACCUCCUGAAUACGUGAGAAAAGGAAUAUACUCAACCAAGUACGAUGUUUAUAGUUUUGGAGUUCUUCUCUUGCAAAUCAUAAGCGGAAAGAGGACUUCAUGUUAUUAUGGCAUGCAUGAAAAUAUGACCCUUUUGGAAUAUGCAUAUGAACUGUGGAGGGAAGGAAGAGGUGCGGAGUUUGUUGACCCUUCAUUGGAUGAUGCAGCCUCACCUUGUAAAAUCAUGAGAUGCAUGCAUGUAGCUCUGCUGUGCGUUCAAGAGAACUCUGCAGAUAGACCUUCCAUGUUGGAAGUUGAUUCACUGCUGAAGAAUGAAGGUGCAGCUGUUGGUACUCCCAAAAUGCCUGCAUUCUCAGUCCAGAAACGUGGAGAUGAGGAAGAAACAUCUCACAGCGGGAUCAAGUUUUAUUCAAUCAACGAUGUUACAAUUUCUCAACUGGCACCAAGAUGA